CUGCAAGGCUGCUGUUUCUCAUCCAGAUCACUUAUUUUUUAAACGCCAGGUUUCGUAUACAAACGCUUCUCUAAUCAUGAGUGGUGACGACUAUACCCCUCGAGGGUAUAACUGAGCAGCACCAACCAUCUACAGCGGAGCAGCGCUCCUCGCCUGGCCGGUGCCCGUGACACAGAGCGCUCCCGGGCAACAGAGCGGCUCCCGAAGCAGCGGCACAGACAGCGGCAACUCGGCGGCGCACGGGCAAGAGCGGGUCCCCCCAGGGGGGCGCGGGGUCCGGUCCCGGCCGCGUUCCCUCCCCCGCCGCUGCACGGGCUCCCACCGGCAGCCGGGUCACGUGUGGCGGGCCGUAAUCCCGGCGAGGGGGUGUCGUUACCGGGAAGGGGGCGGCGGGAGGAGGGGCUGCCGCCGAUGAGGGCUGAAGCCGGGAGGGCGGCCGGCUGCGGGCGCCGGAGCCGCGGGCGUCGCUGCGGGCGAGGCGGGGGCUUGCGGCCCGCGGCCAUGGCCUGGCCCUGCAUCAGCCGGGUGUGCUGCCUGGCCCGCUUCUGGAGCCAGCUGGACAAGUCCGACCUCUCUGUGCCGCUCACCAUCCACAACUACUCGGACAUCGAGGAGCAGGAGGACGGCUGCCCAGCUCCGCCGCCGCCGCCGCCGGGAAGCCGAGCGGCCGCAGGAAGGGCCGGGCGGCCGCCGCCGGAGCCCUUCUCGGCGGAGACCCAGUACCGGCAGGACUUCAGAGCGUGGCCCCUCCCGAGGAGGGACGCCUUCCCCUGGGUCAGCGCCAGUAGCGGCGGCGGCGGCGGGAGGGACGGGGCCCCCCAGCCCGCCCCGGGACGCGCCGCCUGCGCCUUGCCCGGCGGCGGCGGGAGAACGGCGAUCGACGGCCCCGAGCAGCUCCGGCCGCGCUCGCAGGCGGACGGCGGCCACACCACCUCCUACAGACAAGAGUAUCGCCCAUGGACUGGAGCCAAACCAUCCAAGCCUAUAAAGACAAAACAAGGCUUCAUUAUGCCAGAAGACCAUUUUGUUCAAGAGACAAGCUACAAGGCAGACUUUAAGAUCCCAGAGGUGAAGACCAGGUUCUCCCCCAACCCUUCUGCUGUUUUCCAAGCGCCAUCGCGGAUCCUCAACGUUUGAACCCGGACCCUCCUUGCACCCAGGCAGCUUAAACGCAGCGUUUCUGUUAAGAUGUAUCACUAUGCAAUUUUCACGAGGAGUGUUAAGAUCAAAGAACCGGUGUUAUCAACAGCAGCUCCAGUGAUUAAUGAUAUGCACACACACUUUCUGUUAACACAACAAACCGUAAAGCGCUUGGUUUAGAACUGGCAAAACACCCCGCGAAGAGUGACCUAGUUUUUCACAGGAGCAGGUUCAUUACUAUGCCAGCUGGCGUCACAUUAGGAGAUUGACUUUGGGCAGCAAAGGUAGGAUUGCAGGCAAUGUCCCUACGCAUAGCUACGCAGGGUAGGAGGGAAAACAAUCACAACUGGACAGAUAAUUAAAACCCAAACCAGUUUUAUUUAGCAACACCCUCUAAGUAGGCCAGAGAAAGACCAGGGAGUAGUCUGGCCCUUUCUUGAGGGGUUUUGGCAGUAGGACCUCAAAUGGCAUCACCAGAAAGCACAGCUUCACGGGGCUGGUCUGAACUUCCAGGAUUGUUUUAGAAGCUGGAGGAAGCCAAUGUCAUUAAACUCUAAAAUAAAUCUGGCACAGGCAGUGUUUUGGGGCUUUCCAGCUGGAAGGCUGGAUAUUUCCAAAACUGAAGGGCUGAUGCAGGAGCAAGAGGGGGCUGAACUCCAAGAGACAGCCCUGAUAGCAGGCUGGUUUGUAGAGAAGUACAUGGACACAGCCAGGCACCCACCAGGCUCCUCCAGAGGAUCUAAGAUACUUAUGUAAUUUGUACAGCUGUUCAGGUGAGUGUAAAUAUUGUACAUGGAUUUUACCUAAAGCAAUUUGUGAUCCUUUAAUGAAAAGGACAUGCUUACACUUUUAAUAAAUGUUAACUCUUUGCAUAUGCAAGGUGGAAAAUAUUGCCUUGAAAUUCCUAAGUUAUUGCCUGUAUAUUGGUAAUGCUAUUGCUAGGAACAACCACAAGCGAAUGUUACUUAGAAACUCUUCUUAAAGAAAAAUGUAAUGUAGAAUGUAAGCCAUCUGUCAUUUCUGAGAUAGGCCAUUUCAAGUGUCAUUGUUCUGAAGCUGAUUUUUUUAGACUGCUGCGCAUUUAACUUUUGCUGAGUUACACGUGUUUUAAGAAACCAUUUUUUUUAGCCUUUGUUCAUCAAGACUUUACAAUUUCUAUUAAUAAGUUAUGCAAUAUAAUUAGUCUAUUGCUUAUUUAACGGUUUUACUAAUUAUUUUGGGAAAAAAAUUUGAAAAACUUUAUGUGUUUGCAACACGUGUGUUGUCUAGAAUGAAGGGAAACUAUCCUCAGACUUGAACAGGGAUCAGAUAUUCAUUCACCUGUAAUGAAACAGACUUUAACACAGGAGCAUUUUUUCUUAAACUUCCUUCUAGCUGAAGCCUAAGGCAAAUUUAAUGAACUUGGGGAUUCUGCAAACACGUAUGCAUUGCUGAUAACUCCCAUAAGAACAAUUCUUGAACUAUUGGCAUGUGGAUUGUACUUGGAAUACAUGCAGACAGCAUCUUCUCACUGCUUUGUGUGAGAAUUUAAUGGUGCCAUCUCUGUUCGCUGUAGCAGGACUGAACACAACCACCAGAAUAUGGAACACCUGCAGUAAGCUGUGUUUGGGUGGGAACAAACACAGGAUGGCACUUCCCACACUCAUCCUUGGACCCAUAGGAACCUACAGUAAUCCCAGUGCUUGCCAAAAUAAUAUUUCAGGAGAUUAAUUUUUCAGGAGAUUAAUUUGAAACAUUCAAACUGUACUAAAACUUUUGCAUGUUAGAUGUUUCUAAGAAUUUGAUCUGCUUGUUUAAUCUCUUUAUAAUGUUUUUAACAGUUUUGUUCAAAUAAUUUAAGUUCAUUUCAAUCCUGGACUUUAUUAAUAGCAAGGAAAAAAAAAGAAAAAAAAAAGGAGAAAUUGUCUAUUCUCUCUUCUUAAUUCACUGUAUUUCUUAAAACAAAAACAACCCAGGUUUAAACAAACCGGUAAUAUAAUAAGCUUGUAUUUUAUCAAAUGGACUGGAUUUAAUUUAAUAAAUUAAAAUGUAUUUUGUCUA